UCGAGUUUCGGUCAGAGCUGCUCAUUCACCGCGAGGGUCAGCGUUAGCCAGUCCCUCUCCUGCAGUAUGAGACUUAGCGGUGGCCGGCGACGCUGUGAUUUUAAUGGAAAACGUCUGGAGAGAAGCGCGGAGGCGGGCAGACGGCGUUCUCUGAUUAGAGGCUGAGAACAGCGUGUUGCAGGCAAAUCCAAAUGGCUACCGUGUCAUCGCAAGUCGCUCAGGGCACUGGUGUCUGCAGGGAAGCAGUUCUCUGGAAAACCUCACAAGGCACGUCCACGGAAGACAACUGGAAGAGACAGGAUUUCCAAGGGGGUUCCUGCUGAAGUGAAGGUCCCAUUCUCACACACACCAGAAUUCCCUGUCGCAGAGAAACGAAGGAGAGAAAGCCUGUCGGAGAGAGACGUCCAAAGCCUUUCGUUCAAUACUCUUGCGCUGGGAGUACAAACUUUCGGUCCUUGCAGGGAAGACAGGAAGCAAAAACAAACACAAGGGAGAAGAUAGCUUGCUUCAUGAAUUCCACAGAACACUGAAAAAACAAACGCUGCAAGAUAGUGGCUGGCGUUCCAGGGAACCAUGAGGGCGCUGGCUGUUCAUUCGCUCCCUCUUCUGGCCUCCGCUCUCCUACUGGCCGGCCUCGUCCACACAGCCCCGACAGACGAUGACGACGACGAUGUCACCGCGCGUUUGAGCUUUGCGUACAAUGCGAAGGAGAGGUCAGCCAAGCGCUUCUCGGCGGACGGAGUGUUUAACUACACCUCCCUGCUCCUCAGUAAACAGGACGAGACGCUGUACGUGGGGGCCAGAGAGGCGCUGUUCGCCCUCCGUCUGUCCGACAUCGGCCGAGGAGAGCUGCGCAAGAACCUGACAUGGAGCACCCCCGAGAACAAGAGAGAGGAGUGCAGAUUCAAAGGCAAAGACCUGCAGACCGACUGCUUCAAUUACGUCAAGAUCCUGCUGCGACUGAACGCCACCCACCUGUACGUGUGCGGGACGUAUGCCUUCAGCCCCAUCUGCGCCUACAUCAACACCUCGGACUUCUCCCUGGCGAAGAGCGGUGCCGGGGAUGUGGUGACCGAGGAUGGGCGCGGCCGCUGCCCCUUCAACCCCGAGUACAAGUCCACCGCCAUCAUGGUCGAUGGAGAGCUUUACGCUGGCACGGUCAGCAAUUUCCAAGGGAACGAGCCAAUCAUCUACAAGAGCCUGGGCCCAGGUCCCGCCCUGAAGACUGAAAACUCACUCAACUGGCUUCAAGACCCUGCUUUUGUUGGAUCGGCGUACCUCCAGGAGAGCUUGCCCAGUGGCAGUGUGGCCGGGGAUGAUGAUAAGAUUUAUUUCUUCUUCAGCGAAGUGGGGAAGGAGUUUGAUUUCUUUGACAACACGAUGGUGUCGCGCAUCGCCCGCGUGUGUAAGGGGGAUUUGGGGGGCGAGAGGGUGCUGCAGAAGAAAUGGACGACGUUCCUGAAAGCGCAGCUCCUGUGCUCUCUCCCGGAUGACGGUUUUCCCUUCAACAUCAUCCAGGAUGUGUUCGUGCUGACUCCCAGCCAGGAGGACUGGAAGAGCACCGUCUUCUAUGGAGUCUUCACCUCUCAAUGGUACAGAGGAGCGCACGGCAGCUCGGCCGUGUGUGCCUUCACCAUGGAGCAAGUGGAGCGGGCGUUCAGCGGGCGCUACCGCGAGGUCAACCGCGAGACGCAGCAGUGGUACACCUACAACCACCCCGUCCCCGAACCUCGGCCCGGAGCGUGCAUCACCGACGCCGCCCGCGACAUGGGCAUCUCGUCGUCUCUGCACAUGCCCGACAAGGUGCUGAACUUCGUGAAGGACCACUUCCUGAUGGACCACGUGGUGCGCAGCCGGCCCCUGCUCCUGAAGCGCAGCGUGCGCUACACGCAGAUCGCCGUGCACCGCGUGCAGGCCCUGGGCAGGGCCUACGACGUGCUGUUCGUCGGCACGGAUGACGGGAAGCUGCACAAGGCCAUAAACACGAAGGGCAAGAUGCACAUUGUGGAGGAGAUCACCCUGUUUGCGCGGCCCCAGCCGGUGCAGCACAUCGAGCUCGACGCGGAGAAGGGCCUGCUCUACGUGUCCUCCUACUCCGGCCUGGUGGAGGUGCCGGUGGCCAACUGCAGCAACUACCGCAGCUGCGGGGAGUGUGUCCUCUCCAGGGACCCGUACUGCGCCUGGAACGGCCGGCUGUGCCAGGACGUCCGCAGGGCCCCUCCCGGCAGCCACUGGCAGCAGGACGUGGAGGAGGCAGACACGGUGGCCAUCUGCAAUAAGACGCUCUUCGUCCCCUUCCUGAGGUCCAUGCCUACGCGCACGACUCCCUGCAAGGUGAUCACCAUCCCCGCCAACACCUUCCGCGUGCUGCCGUGUGAGCUGCGCUCUAACCUGGCACACAGGAAGUGGGAGUACAGCGAGACCGCCGGCCGUUUCCGGUACGCCAGCCCGGAGGGGGGCCUGGUGGUGGUGGCCCAGGCCGACAGGGAGGAGACGUACGAGUGCUGGUCUGAGGAGGAGGGCUUCCGGCAGCUUCUGGCCAACUACUGCGUGAGGGCCGAGCCCCGGUCAGAGACCACCACGCUGACGGGCCGCUCGCGGACGCCCUGGCUCCACCACGAGGACUCCAUCGCCCUGCCGGGCGAGACGCGCCCCCUCCAGGUCAACACCAAGACCUACUGGAACGAGCUGAUCGUGGUGUGCGCCCUGCUGGGCUUCUCGCUGGUGGUCUUCUCGCUGUUCGUGGUCUACAGGAACCGUGACCGCAUGAAGUCCAUGCUGAAGGAGAGCGAGUGCCCCAACAUGCAGCAGAAGAAGCCUCGGCUGGCGGGGAAGCCCGUCGAGAGCCUGCCCCUCAACGGCAACACGGUCCCGGCCUCCACCUCCGACCACAAGGGCUACCAGACCCUCAACGACAACUACAUCAGCAGCAGCCCCACCCACGAGUCCUCCUCCCCCGACCUCAGCAAGAGCUUCUCUGAGUCGGAGAAGAGGCCCCUCAACCUGAAGGAGAGCCGCGUGGAGAUAUCGCCCACCUGCCCCCGGCCGAGGGUCCGACUGGGCUCCGAGAUCAAGGACUCCAUCGUGUGAGGCAGGCUUGGGCGGGGGGCGGGUUGUAGGGGGGCAGGCUCUCGGGUGACUUCUGGGAAAUGGAGUUCCGCUGAAUUUCAACAAACAGACCCUGAAACCUCCAGGCUACGUGGCAAAGGGGACCUUUCAUUUUGCUCGUGUUUCAUUUCCAUUCCAUGUCACUGCAGGAGCACUUCCUGUUUUCAGUUUUCAGUCUCUGAGCGUGCUCAGUGGAAGGGCGGAAAGGAGAUGGUGAUUCGGUAUUGAGGGGAAACACUUCUCUGGUUCCUAUUGGGGUGUGGCCCGCCCCCCCCCCCCGCCCCCCCCAAGAAACACCCGACUCAUCCUCUCCAGUGUCACCAUCCGCCAUUUCAGAGUCAUAGUCUACCCAUCGCUUCAUAUUCACCUUCUCUGUCCGCAUCCACGUUUGGUCUGAGAGGAGUUUGUGUAAAUGGUGGCAGGUUGUGAAGAGAGACGGGAAGAAUGCGCAGCUAGCAGUGGAAUGACACCAGAGUCAGAAAUGGCAAUAAGCUGGUCCAAUAAGCCAAGAAGGAGGUGAUUCCUCUUGUAUGCGGGAACUGUGACCGGCAAAAACAGCCGUGUGCUCGUGCUGGAAGCUAAACGUUUUAGGGAGGAAAGCGGAGGAAAAAGGCGGAAGGUUCCGCAAAGAGAAAAAAAGGACUUUGCAGGACAGAAAGACAGAAAAGACGUAACUGCCGUUUGAACACGCCCACGCGGGGUCUAGAACCAAACUCGACUUGGGUCUUACCCACAGAGCAUGUACACACGCACUAUGCAAAAAAUGUAACCUUGACCAGUGCCCAGAAUAGAGUGUGGUAGCGUGGCCCUGAGAGUGUAUAGACACAACUGUUCAGUAUUAAACCCCAGAGGCAUUAAACGCACAAAAUGUGUGUGUAAAUAACUGAUUUUCUGCCAUUUUGGCGGGAAUGCCAGGACCAGUAGAGUAGUGUCUCCUUGGAUAUUGCUUUGGCCUUGCAACUGUACAUGGGAGUAUUUGUAGAAUUGGGAAGCUUGAGCGGGAGGGGAUGUUGACCACUAUCCCAAACUAGGAGGACUCGAGUGCUGUCCCCGCAAGUCUAGCACAUCACGACAAACUGCCAACAGCAGGAUCCCCGUUCUCCUACAUUCCUAAACGAAAAACCACGACUAAUGCACCCUGUGCCAGAAACUAGCAACCACUUGGAUUUUGUCUGUUUCUUUAAAUGUUAAUUGACUUUUAUUUUUGAUAUUUUUUUUGUCCCAUUGGGAUGGUUGAUUUUUCUUUUUCCUCAAAUGAGCUCUCUCGCCGUUUUCUCUCAACGUGGACUGUGGUUUAUUGUUUUGACAUUAAUUUAAAACUCAUUUUGUCCAUGUAGCCACUUUGAGAAUGUGAAAGCUCUCUCCAUUACACAAACCUCUGGAGCGGUGAUAGGGGAGCUAUACGGCGCUGCCUUAGACGAACAUCACCAAAACGUGACGGGGGUCGGCUAGCAGGUUAACCGUUACCUGCCAGUUUAGACCCGCCCAAAGGAACUUUCUGAACCUCCAAGGAGAAGUGGAUUUGGGCACAAAUUUUGAAAUUGAUGACACAAUUGAGAAUGAGUAGUCUGGAUAGUCACAUGUAACCUAUUUAAACACGCUGUCAUUUCAGUCAUUUUAAAACACAACAUUACUUUUCUAAAGCAAACCAUUUUAAGUUAUUUUGAGACUUCCUAGCCAGCCAAUCUCAUUUCCAAAGAUGGGUGUUAUUAAAUCUUACAGUGGCAAAAUUCUAACCUUCACGUUAAUGCUAUUUAAAACUUGCAACCUAUGUGUUGUGGAAUGUAUUGGUAAAUUGAUUAAGAGUAUUCCAAAAAAUGAAUCUGUAUAAGUAAAAUAUUUUUUGUCAUAUUUAAUUCUGUUUCGGUGUAACGAAAUUUGUACAUGGGAGUACAUUUCACAGGUUUUGACAAAGUACCUUCGUAAAAAGGCAGACUGCGUGCAAACAGUAACAGUGGAUAUGUGUAUAUACGUAUGUGUGUUUGUAUCGUAUUUGAGGGAAGCUUUUUUCAGAUGUGUCUUUGUAUAAAUAGAACUAGAUGCUACACAGUGCUGCUUUAUUUUGUUGUUUUUUGCACAGAAUACUGUACAAGCCUUAGUUUAGAGUGGGGCUAUUUGUUGUCAACUGUAGCAAGUUAUGGACAUGUUUUCUGAGAUGCCUUCAAGCUUAAUAUUGUGAAACAGUGCUGUGCUGCUGGGGCAAUCAGACCACACCUGGCCUUUGUGACAUCAUCCGUCAAUCACCUUAGUGCCACAGCGCAGUGACCUCAUGUGCAUCCCAAAUGUGGCCAACUAGAAUUCAGUACAUAACCGGGUAUGCUCAAUGUCAGCAUUCAGUCUCUGUAGAAAAUGACACAAUUUUAACCAUGACAUGCAGAUUAUGAUUGUCGAAAUGGGUUUGUCUUCGGUCAGUUUUCCUGUAUUGUCCUAAGUGAUACAUGAAUUUAAAAGCAGCGUGAAUAUACUCCGCAAUCUUCAGUCUUGUGUAAAGAGUACGGCACUAAUAACGGUAAAACAUGCUAUCUCGUGACCUUGCCGGCAAUGUAGUACUCACUAUUGCCAGUCCAGCUCGAUAUGAGAUAUAUUAAUUCAGUUAUGCCAAAAUAAACAAUAAUAAUCUGUUUCGACAUUUCAAUUGUGAUAACCAGUGCUUACAGUUUUAAAAAUAGAAAUGUAAUGCAGUAAGCCAAAAUAUGAGUACAUUAUGUAUGUAAUGAAUUAUAAUUGCAACUGAGCAGGCAGCUUUCUGGACUCGGACCUUAAUUGGGGAAUGUAGCUGUGAUUUAGUAGAAGUCACAAUGACAGGAAAGUACACGGCUGUACAUAGGUAACAGCCUCUCAUCGGUGGGGUUGACAGGAUGUUCUUCUUGGGGUGGCUGGGGGAGGGGGGGGGGUCAAAGUUUCAGUAAGGUGUGGCCACACUAUCACCAAUAGUUAUAUUAGCUGACAGCUAUAUUAGUCAAUUACUGUAGGUGGGAAAACAGGGGUGGCUCCCACCCCACUGGACACGCCCCUACUUCUCAUUUUCUUCUCAUGACAAGUAAAGUCAAAAUAUCCAAAAUGGCCAUAUAUUAUUUUGACUGUCGUAGCUGUAGCUAGUCUUUUAUCAUAUUUGGGGGGUGUCUGAUGAGACAAACUACCUUACAGUCAGCAGGAGAGAAGAUGCUGUGGACGAGGGACUUCUCUGCUGGCUGACCUCAGUACAGUGGUUCUGAAAUGAGACUGUGUUGGAACAGAGAUCGGGGGCUUCCGUGAAACCUUGGGACCCCACACAUACGCACUCCAUUUUGAAUAGCCCACCUCAUUCACCCAGGCUCGGCUGUUAAAUUCUUAAUUGUCUUGUAAGCUUGUGAGAAGGUGUUUUUGUAAAUGACCUGUCGUUGUACAAAUCUUUUGUGAACUGUAUUUUAUUUUGUAUGAUAUAUGGCUAUUGUUACUGUUGUUUUUUUAUUAUUAUUAUUAUACUGUACAUACAAAAAGCACUUUAUUUUAUUUUUUAAAUAAAAUAAAUAAAAGAAUACGUGUUUUGAA